AUGGCAUUGCCUGAAACAAUGAAAGCCGUCGUCUUCGACGGGCCCCGCAGUGUUUCCAUUCAAGAUCGGCCAGUGCCUCAAAUUCAGGAUGAUGAGGACAUUAUUGUCAAAGUGAGCGCGACUGCUCUCUGUGGCUCCGAGCUGCAUGUUUAUCGUGGCCAUGAGCGACCGCAACCGGGAUUCAUUAUGGGACAUGAAUUCACAGGAACUGUUGUAGCCGUAGGCUCAGCUGUCAAGUCAGUUGCGAUUGGCGACAAGGUCGUGACUCCAUUUACGGCAUCUUGUGGCAAAUGCUUUUACUGCCUCAAUGGUGCUUCUGCGCGCUGUGAGAAAGGCCUGCUCUUUGGCUCAACCAAGCUCGACGGUGGCCAAGCCGAAUACGUUCGAGUGCCUUUUGCCGAUGGCACCACUCACAAAGCACCGCCCUCAAUCUCUGACGAGGCUCUCAUUCUAAUGGCAGACAUCUUCCCCACUGGCUUUUUUGGCGUCAAGUCUGCAGUUAGCCUUGCCCCUCCAACUCUGAACAUUAAUGAGUCCACCAUGGUUGUUAUCGGAUGUGGCCCUGUAGGUCUAUGUGCGAUUGUUGCAGCAGCCGAGCUAAAACCCAAGCAUCUAUUUGCUAUUGAUAGCGUGGAUAGUAGGCUCGAACAGGCCAAGAAGCUCGGCGCUGAGCCUCUCAACUUUGUCAAGGACAAAGCAGGAAUGGCGGCUAGAAUCAAGGAGGUUACAGAAGGGCGAGGCGCCGACCUAGUCGUUGAGGUUGUUGGACUCUCGCCAGCAUUGAGGACAGCUUUCGAUAUUGUGAGGCCAUUUGGAUGUAUCAGUAGCAUUGGUGUUCACAACGCAGAGAUUCCAUGGUCAGGCAAUGAAGCGUAUGGCAAGAACAUUCGUUUACAGAUGGGUCGAUGCCCUGUCCGCAGCAUUUUUCCGCAGGCCCUCGCUCUAUUUGAGAAGAAGCAGCAUCUCUUUGGAUUCAUGUUUGAAAACAUCAUGCCGCUUCAAGAAGCUGUUCAGGGCUACGCACUGUUUGACGCGAUGAAGGUACAGAAAGUUGUCUUCAAGCCAUAG